UGCUCUCUUCAUCCAGAUUUCUAAAGCAUGAGAGAUUCCUGUUGCAACUCUCAAACUGUCGAUCCCCGAGCCAGCGCCGUCGCAAUGGAGCAGACAUCCGUAGUGUGAUUUUCUCUGUGCAGAGGGUUGCCAUGGCGAUUUCUCCAUCUGGUAUAAACCCGGCAGUUGGCUCAAAACUCUCUCCUGAUUCUCCAGAGGCUCUUACACUAGCCAACUGGAUCUGCUGCAGUUAUAGUUAUUAUUUGGGGGCAGAGUUGCUGAGAUCUGAUUCUCUCAUUAGUGAGUCAGUGCUUAAACAUUUGUGGCAUCAUCAGGAUGCCAUUUUGUGCUGUUCUUUGAAGUCGGUGCCGGUGUUCAUCUUUGCAAACCAGGCUGGCCUUGACAUGUUGGAAACAACUUUGGUGGCUUUAAAAGACAUCACAUGGGUAUUUAGAGGAAGUGCCUUGUAUUAACUCCAUCUUGUUAAGGCAGAGAAAGCUAGAAGAUACAUUCCAAAAGAAUUCAAAUAGGUUGAAGCUUUUGGGUAGGUCCAAUAUU